UCACUUGAGUCGACAAUAACAAGUCAAAUUGUCCAUUUCACCGGUCGCGCAGUCUUUGUUGUUUCCCAGUUUGAAUAAUUCACUUAAGCAAGAUGACGACGGAUAUUGUGAUGGGUUCGGACCAGGUUGAGAUUCCAACCCAACUUCACAACCCGUUGGAACAGUUCACAUUACUCGCGAAAAGUGCAAAAGGCGCGGCAUGUCUCGAACUAAUCAAACAAGUCCUGGAGGCUCCCGGUGUUCACGUCUUCGGCGAGUUGCUGGUCAUGCCAAACAUAUUAGAGCUCCAAAAUGGGCCACACGCUACUUACUUCAACACGUUGAACCUGUUCGCCUAUGGCACCUGCAAGCAGUACGCCCAGAAUCCCAGUCAGUUCAUCGAGCUCACGCCGGUUAUGAAGAAGAAAUUGCAGCAUUUGACCAUCGUUAGCAUGGCUAUCCGCGCCAAGUGUAUUCCUUACAGUGAGCUCCUGGAAGAGCUGGGGAUGAAGAACGUGCGCGACCUCGAGGAUCUCAUCAUCGAGGCCAUCUACGCCGAUAUUAUUCAUGGUAAAUUAGAUCAAAAGAAUAGUCAAUUGGAAAUUGAUUUUGCUCUCGGACGGGAUAUUCGACCAGACGACGUCCAUAAAAUAGCAGCCACCCUUCAGGAAUGGUGUCAGUCCUGUGAAACAGUUCUGGCUUGCAUCGAGGAGCAGAUUAAUAGGGCAAAUACGGAAAAGGCGCGUCGAAUCAAACACAAAGAACAGAUAGAACAAGAGAUCAUCAAUUUGAAGAAAACCCUUAAAACUCAACUCACUGACACAGAUGAAGCUAUGACAUCAGAACCUCGUGAAUCCACAUCGGGUCAAGAUGUCCGAAAAAAAGCAAGCAAGUCGAAAACUGCACGACCGUCCGGAUCCAGCGUAAAGUUCCAACGCUAAUUUCAUACUUCCUCCCUAACUGAACUCGCUUACAAACAUAGAAACAAAUCAUACCGAAGAGCUUUAUUUCUUUCAUCUCCGAACUUACAUUUUUCAUUAAAUUCAAUGUAAUUUUGGCCUCAAGUUUAUUUUUUUCGAUGAAUUUGCCAUUCUAAUUUUGUAAUUUGGUUUUGAAGUUUUCGUUUCGUUAAUUAUAAGCAUUUCAUCAAUGCAAAAGAUGUGGCGGUUGUUUCGCAUGUAAUCAGCUUAUUGAAUAUCAAACACAAUAAAACAUUUAUCUUUUUA